AUGGAUGCAAAUAAUAUGGCUACUAUUCAUGGAAGAACGCUGCGCUAUCUUCCUGCUCCUCCCCCUUUCCCCCUUUCUACCAUAAUCGCAGCUAUUAUAGUCUGCUUUAUAUGGUACACUGUGCUUAAUAGAGCAGGAAAUGAGAUGUUUAAAGCACCUAUCAUAGGCCCCGAAGACACGAUUAGAGCCAGAUGGCGGUUCUUUCGAAAUGCGUCCACACUCCUAAAUGAAGGAUAUAAGGAGUACAAGGGCAAGAUCUUCAAACUAUCAGGACAUGAUAUUCUCGUUCUCCCUAGCAAAUAUAUUACUGAGCUAAGGAGUAUGCCCGAUGAAGAGUUAAGUUCAAUCCAGGCGAAUAUCGAUAACUUUGAAGGUCUAUACUCUACUACUGCCAUUCUCACCGAAGGGAACUUGCAUACUCGCACCAUUCAGAGAAGACUGACACCUAGACUGCGUCACCACGUACCAAUAGUGCAGGAGGUAUUGAAGAGACACUUUCCCGAAGAACUUCCUGCCUACCCGUAG